AUGGCCCUCAGAGCUUCAGCCAUAGCUCGACCUCCACUUCCUGCACCCUCUCCCACGCCAUCGUCACCAGCCAGAACCCUUUCUCUCUCCAAACCUCAAUUCAGACCCACCACUCUAUCACUGCCAACAUCAACCACACUCUCUCUCUUUGCCCUCUUCACUGCACCGGUAGAAGCCAAGGCUCUCACUCUACCCAAAGACCAGAUAGUCUCAUCUCUCACUCAGGUAGAGGAUAAAAUUGAUCAAGUUCAAGAAGUAAGUUCAAAAGUUUUGGAAGUUGCACAGAGUGUUAUUGGAGCUGUGAUUGAGGCUUUGAAGCCUGGAAUCGAUGCGGCAUUGCCUAUCUUACAGAAGAGUGGAGAACAGGCGCUGAAAGUUGCUUCGCCUGCCAUUUCCGAAGCCUCAAAGAAAGCCCAAGAAGCAAUGCAAAGCUCGGGGAUCGAUACACAACCAGUUGUCUCCGCUGCUAAGACAUUUGCUGAGGUGGCACAACAGACCACCAAAGUGAUUGAAGAGGCCAAGCCCAUAGCCUCAUCAACAGUGGAAGCUAUCUCAUCAUCAGACCCCAUUACGAUUGUAGGGGCUAGUGGUGCAUUAUUCCUUGCAUAUCUCCUGCUUCCUCCUCUCUUCUCUGCAAUCUCUUUUAGCCUUCGUGGCUACAAAGGUGACCUCACUCCUGCUCAAACACUUGAUCUCAUAUCCACUAGGAAUUACAUUAUGAUUGAUAUUAGAUCAGAAAAGGACAAGGACAAGGCUGGUAUUCCUCGCCUUCCCUCUAGUGCCAAAAAGAAAAUGAUUGCAAUCCCUUUGGAAGAAUUGCCUACCAAGCUAAAAGGUCUUGUCAGAAAUGUAAAGAAAGUAGAAGCUGAACUAGUCGCUUUGAAGAUAUCAUAUCUCAAGAAAAUUAACAAAGGUUCCAACCUCGUGAUAAUGGACUCGUACUCUGAUUCAGCCAAACUAGUUGCUAGAGCACUAAAUAGCCUUGGCUUUAAGAACUGCUGGAUCAUGCGUGAUGGGUUUUUGGGGGGAAGCGGGUGGUUACAAAGUCGUCUAGGAGCAGAUACCUACAGCCUAUCUUUUGCGGAGGUUGUGUCGCCAUCUCGAGUCAUUCCUGCAGCAGUACGACGUAUUGGCACAGUUGGCUCAGCAAAAUUGCUUCCGGGGAGCUCUGAUUAA